AUGAGUAUAUAAUCAAGCAAUUUUGGGUCUUUAAACAAAAACACACUUGAUUUGUAAUUUAGGGAAUAUGGAAAUAUUGAUGAUGUUUUGAAAUAUCAGAAAUCUCGAAUAAUAUAGAGUAGUGACAUAGAGUAAUAAUAAGGAAGUGGAAGUAAUAAUGCAUUAAUUUUAAGUUGCCCUAUUAGCCAUGAAUGUGAUAGCUUAAAUAAUAGAAUAAUUAUUCCAAAUGCGCAGACUAUUCUGCAAGAAACUAUUCAAACAGACACAGCAAAUUUACUUGGAUCUUUAGAAGCUGGUAAUAUACCCUAAAAGAGUGGAUUGUAGAAGAACUAAAGUGAAUUUUUAGAAUAAAAACUUAAUUCUAUGAAACAGAAACACAAAUAAUUGUAACAAUAACUUUCAGAAGUAUCUAAGAUAGAUUCAGUAUCUAACAAGAAAAAAAAUGUUGUACAUUCUCAAUCAACAUAAGGAUUUUUCAAAGGAGGAGUGAGCACUUCAAAUUUAGAUAUGUUCAAUUUUGGUAGCUUAAAAAAUCAAAUAAAAUAAAUGGAUGUGAUUUCAAAUAUUUUAUCUAGUAUCUAGUUAAAGCCAAAUAAUAAUCAAUAGAAAGACAUUGAAGUUAUAAUAGAAAAGAAUGAUUUAUAUAGAAUUUUGAAAAUAUUAAUUGACUAAUUGGUUUCUUACAUUGAGAAGCUAAACUAAGUAGUAUCUGAAAGAGAUAUCAUUGAUAUUUAGAGAUAAAAUGCAGAAAAAUUAAAUAAUGAGCUCAAAGAAACAAUAAGAAUUCUUGAAGAAGAGCUCAAGAUUUAUAAGAAUUAAAGCACAGAAACUAAGAUAGAGCUUGAAAAGCAAAAAGCUCUCUACGAUAUCUUAGAAAAAAAAUACUUAGAUCUUCUCAAAAGAAAAUAAGAAGUUAAAAUUAUCAACAAAGAAACAGUCAAAGAAAUUGUAAUUGAAAAACCAAUCGAAAUACUAAAAGAAAUCAACAAUGUUAGAAUUGUUAAGCAGAAAAAAGAAGUAAGAAAAAUAAUUAGACCCUAAGCUGAGGUAAAGCAUACAAUAGAGAAGAAAUUGCAUAUACUAGAAAGAGAAAAGAUCGUCCCUUAAAUACAAGUGAUAGAAAAAGUAAAAGAGAUUCCUAAGAUAGAGUUUGUGGAUAAAGAAAAAGUUAUAGAAAAACCAUUCUUUGUUGAAAAAUUAGUUGAUAGAUUUGUUGAAGUACCUAGAUUUAUCCCUAAAGAAGUAUUAGUAGACAGACCAGUAUAUGUAGAUAGACCUGUAAAUCAAUUCAUAAAUAAUAAUCGUAUAUAAUAAAAAAUCAAAUAAAAAAGGUUGAAAAAAUAGUUAAAGUGCCUCAAAUAGUAGAAAAAGAAAAAUUAGUCGAGAGACCAGUAUUUAUUGAAAAACCAGUUGACAGAUUUAUAGAAAAGGAAACUUUUAUUGAUAGACCAGUCUAUAUUUAAGAACCUCCAGUACAUAUAGAAAAAGUUAUAGAAGUUCCUAAGAUUAUAGAAAAGCAAAAAAUAAUUGAUAGACCUAUUUACAUCAAUUAACCACGUAUAGAAAGAGUUAUUGAAAAACCUGUAUUCAUAAAUAAAUAUGAGCCAAUAAAUUCUUAGUUAGUUAAUUCAUAUUCUACUCCAACUAUUUCAACAUAAUUUAACUCACCUGCUGCUAAUUAUUAGAGAUUUAUACCUGAGUAAAUUAGUAGACAAAAUAACUUUUUGUCACCUUUUAAUUCUAUACAGUAAACAUUUUCUUAAGAUUUAACUUCACCUUCAUACAUUAAAUAGUAUGUUUGAAAAAUAUUUAUUUGUAAUUGUUAAAUAGUAUAGUUUAAUAAAAAUUAGUCUAUUCUUAAAAUUUCAAAUUAGUUUAUACUUAAUUAUUUCCUAAUCUUUUACAUUUUAAAAAAUUAAUUUAUUUUGUAAAAUUAAAAAUUAUUAAAAAUGUAUUUUUGUUUUUUAAUAAACUAUUUUAUAGCCCUUGAUAAAUUUAUUAUUAUCAGAUAAAUUUAUUUAAUAAAAAUAAUUUAUGAUAUUAUUUAUUGUAAGUAAGCAAAAAAUUGAUAUAUUGAUCUUUUAUAAUUAAUAUGUUAAUUUUUUAUUUUGA